AUGAGCCCUGCAGCAGACAGAGGGAUGCGGGUCGGGUCCUUACUCCCGAUCGGGACGUCCGGUACGCGCGUGCACUGGGCACAGGUGCCGGGUCAUCUCGUAGAACGUGAAUCAGUCGCCCGUGUCGGGGACGGCGCACCCGUGCGAACCGAGACCACAAGCGAGCCAAUCCCGUACUUAAGGGUGCGGCUGGUCGAUGUUCGUACGCGGCUGCGGUGA